GCCCUUGCGGCGACCGCUGCCGCUCACGGCACCGUCACUGGCAUUAUUGCCGAUGGCACCUACACCAAGGGCUUCGACCUGCAGUACUACUACAUGAUCCAGAACGGCCAGACCCCGCCGGCAACCCCUGGAUGGUACGCCGAGAACCUGGACAACGGCUUUGUCGCUCCCGACGCCUACACCACGGCCGACAUUAACUGCCACAAGAACGCCAAGGCUGCCACCUCCUCCGCCUCUGUCAAGGCUGGUGGAAAGGUCGACUUCCAGUGGUCUUCCUGGCCCCAGUCCCACGUUGGUCCCAUGAUCACCUACGUCGCCAAGUGCGAUGCCGACUGCGCCGACGCCGACAAGACCGCCCUCAAGUGGGUUAAGAUUGACGAGGCUGGCUUCACUGACGACUGGGCAUCCAACAAGAUGAUUGCCAACAACAACACCUGGAGCGUGACCGUUCCCUCCACCCUCGCCUCCGGCAACUACGUCUUCCGCCACGAGACCAUCGCGCUCCACGGUGCCGGCUCCGAGAACGGCGCCCAGAACUACCCCCAGUGCCUGAACAUCGAGAUCACCGGCGGAGGUUCUGACAACCCCGAGGGCACCCUUGGAACCGCUCUGUACACCCCUACCGACGCCGGUAUCCUCUACAACGUCUACGGCACCUCCAACACCGGCUACAAGAUCCCCGGCCCGGCUCUGUAC